AUGUUUCAGUCGCUCAGGGCUUCUCGUCGCCUUUCAGACCCAAGUAAUGGGUCGCAAGGCAUCCCUAUUAAUGAUUCAGCCCUUCAACUACAGGGUUCGCGAGACCAAGAUUUUACGCAUCAGGAUCUGUCCAACACAACAUCUUUGGCUGGUUGGAAUGAUACAGCCGACGACACUCUCAUCUUGACGACCCAGGGACGCAGUUUCACUGGUUAUGAUGGGUCAUCUUCCGCCACUACGUCUAUCAACUCACUUCCCGAGGAAAAAUGGAUGCUGCGUCCAAAAUUCGGGCCUGCUGCCGUGGCUAUGCUACUCUUAGCACUCUUGUCAACCACUCUCAGCGGCCUAUGGCUUGCCGUUGCCAUCAUUCAGCCGCGAUGGGGAUUCAUGAUCUCAACCACACACGGACUAUCCCCUUCCAACGCCGCGACGUUGACUGCUUUGCUCGGCAAGACGAUUGAGAUAGCUUCCAUCACGGUCUUCAUCUCAUGCAUCGGGCAAGUCCUGAGUCGUCGUGCCGUGGCCGAAGAGUCGGCAGGCAUCACGCUCGCCGACAUCACAAUCAGAAAUUGGGUCAUCCAGCCGGGGUUUAUCUUUACACACCACCAGACACUCCUAGUGGCUGGUCGCACUCUUCUUGGGGCCUUGGCCUUACUGGCCCUAGUCGCCACUAUCCUGUAUACAACUGCUUCAGAGGCCCUUGUGUCUCCAAAGCUGAAAUACGGAAAGUGGGAGACUCGGGAGUUGACAGCCGCAGUGCAUUCUUACUACGGAAACUUUGCGGAAGCGGGCGCGCGAUGUAUGCAGGAGCCAGAUCUCAUCCAGAACACAACCAAGAAAGAAGAAUCAUUUCCGAUAGGGCUAGGUUCGAUUUGUCUCGGCCAUGAGCUUAAAUACAAGUCGACUCGUGAUUUCCUCGCAUUCACUCGGCAUUAUGGCGCAUUUGGUUCAGCAGAGGGUACCAAACUACUUGGCAAUGGGACGAGACCAGUAGGAUAUACACUUCUUCACGACAACGUAACGCUGGAGGCGACACGGGUGGAUACAGAAUACAGCGACGUUGCGGCGUCGUACGAGCGCUGGGGAAGGAUCAUUGACAACGUCACUGUGUCUAUUCCGCAUCCAAGUGUCUGGAGUGCCUCGCGUUUCCCCAGGAAUAAAAUCCUCCAACCUGAGGAUUUAUCCAACGCCGGCGGCUUUUCCAUCAGGGCUGCAGUGGUCUCGCCCACGCUCAACACUCUGUGUGUAAACAUAGAUAAGGAGGAGCUUGCCCCUCUUGUCUAUACAGAGUUUCCUUACAGCGAAAAGGACUUCAGUGAAGAGGAAUACAGUGAGUCCUCUUUUGAGAUUUGGGCUGAAGAAGAAAUGUCGAAAUGGGACAACUCUACCAUUGUAGAUGAUGUAUUCAGAUGGGGCUCCAAGUAUGGGCGGCGGCGACCCGUCUUCGAAUUUCUCCCGAAUGAAUUUCACAUCGUAUACCAUCGCACUAGCCGUCUCAAUGACACAAUCUACGACGCUGGAUAUCUCCUUGCUCAUCUUAACGAACCUGGCGCCGAGUACACUCUCUGCCAAAUGCGGUCUUGGCUUUCGACUGACUGCUCGACGUGGCUUGAAGUUUCUGGCGUUGGUCAGCCGAUAAUGCGUGCUCAUUGUGAAGACGGCGGCGAUGAAUACAGACACGAUCCCUCUGCCUACAAAUCUUCCGAUAACAUCGUGUUACCCGAGUUGUGGCCUUGGAUACUUGGAAUGUGGGAAAGUAGUAUCGCGUUAGAACACACGUCCACGAACGGGAUACUUGGUUUCCAAUUUAUCAUGACGGCCGGGAUAUUGACAGAGCCGGACAUCUGGCCCUAUACUGCCACCAUGUCGGAGAUUUUGUCUGUUUUGCUACUUUCGACACUCACCUUGGCAUCUGUGGACACACAGCUUCGACAUACCUGGGACCACGGCCUAGGCAAAGACUCUUACAUCGUGGAUGGAACCACGGCAACAUAUGGUUUUAACACAACAGAGACUUUCCGCGCUGGGAUUCGGAGCCAGGAAUACACGUCUGGACAUACUGAGAGCUGGCAGAGGCUCUUUUACCUUGUGCUUGGCCCUGCCUUUGCUCUCAACUUGCUGUGCUUGGCCUACCUCGUUCGUUGGUCUGGGUUGAUCAACGACAUCACCGAGCCCCAGAAUCAUUUCUCCCUUGCCAUGAGCAGCUCGCCAUCCUCUCGGAUGGAACGCAGCUAUCCUGAUGGGCCAAAAAAGCAGCACUGGGAAAUGUCAUGGCGUGUUUGCCAAGAUUUGGCCGAUGGCGGAUGUCGAUUUGGCGAUUGCGAUAAGGACCUCUAA